GCGGAGAGCGGUGAUUGGCUUGGAAGGCCCGGCGCGCGCGCGGGCGGUAACCAAUAGAUGGAUGGAUCGGAGCGGGUGGCGCGCGAGGAGGUGAAUCUAGUCAAUCCAGCGAGUUUGGGUACAGGAGCAAGAGAAGUAUACGCGUUGUCCUUUUCUUCUGAAGCUUUGGCUUGUGUAUCCAUUAUGCCCUGUACCAGAUCUCAGUCUGAAAGCCAGAGCACCAUCAGUUUCCCAAAGCGGAAAUCAAUGAGGAAAUGUCACAAACCUCUAGAGAAUGAGGGGGAUUCAAAGCAGGACACAACCCGACUGUCUACCUCACCACUCUCCUCCCAGAAGCAGGUCUUGCCUCUCAGCCCCUGCAAACGGCUUGGAGAUGACAAUCUCUGCAAUGUUACCCAGCUGUUGCCUUGCUCUCCAGCUAAGCAGGGUAAAAAAGAGAACAGCUUCCCACCCACUUCUGCCAAGGGACGGACUUUACUCUUCAGUGAACAUUCAACCCCCAAAUCCCCAGCCAAGAGUAGCAAUUUGGUUCCCUCUCCCCUCCGUAAUGGCCAAGAAAUCUCUAAUGCUUCACAGCAUCGUCGCACAAGGAAAGAGCUGGUGUGUACUCGUCUCUUUAAACAAGCAGGCACCUGUUACCAGGAGGCAAAAAGUCUCCUGCACACUGCUGUUCCAGACCAGCUAUACGCAAGGGAGAAGGAGACAGGUGUUCUACAUCGAUUCCUCCGGGAGCAUGUCUGUAGGGGGAAACCAGGAAGCCUUUAUAUCUCUGGAGCUCCAGGCACUGGAAAAAGUGUCUGCCUCAACAGGGCCUUGUUGGACUUGAAGACCGAGCUUGCUGGGAGCCAGACCAUAGUCUUAAACUGUAUGGCCCUAAGGAGCUCCCAGGCUGUGUUUCCAGCAAUUGCUGAACAAUUGGGCCAUGCUGGAGCAGACAAAACAGCCAGGGGUGAUGUCAUCAGAAAACUGGAGAAAUGCUUGACGUUAGAAAGUUCACCCAUGAUUUUGGUUGUGUUAGAUGAGAUGGAUCAGCUGGAUAGCAAGGGACAAGAUGUGCUCUACACAGUGUUUGAGUGGCCUUCCUUCCCCAACUCCCGGCUUGUUCUCGUUGGGAUAGCCAAUGCUUUGGAUCUCACAGACCGCAUCUUGCCCCGCCUGCAGGCCCGCCCCAAGUGCAGGCCACAGCUGCUAAACUUUCCCCCAUACACCAAAGACCAGCUUGCCUCGAUCCUCCAGAAACGCCUUAAGCAGGUGUCAGGGGAGCAGGUGUUGGACAAUGCUGCCAUCCAGUUCUGUGCUCGGAAAGUCUCUGCUGUCUCUGGGGAUGCCCGCAAAGCUCUGGACAUCUGCAGGAGAGCCAUUGAAAUUGUGGAGUCAGAUGUGAAGAGUCAAACUGUGUUUAAACUGCUGCCUGCCUACAAAUCCUCUUCUAAGCCAGCCACAGACUCCGCAGUGCCCCAACGGGUGGGACUGGUCCAUGUAUCCCGGGUGAUCUCUGAUGUGUACGGUGACCGGUUGGCAGCGGGUAAUGGCUGCGGUGAUGCUGAUUCCUUUCCCUUGCAACAAAAAAUCUUGGUCUGUUCUUUGCUGCUCUUAGCCAGGCAACAGAAAACCAAGGAGGUGACCCUAGGAAAGCUGCAUGAGGCCUACAGCAAGGUUUGCCGGAAGCAGCAAGUGGGAGCUGUUGACCAAUCGGAAUGCCUCUCUCUUUUGGCUCUCCUGGAAUCCAGAGGUAUUGUGGGGUUGAAAAAGACUAAAGAAGCACGUCUGACUAAGGUCUUCCUGAAGAUAGAAGAGAAGGAUGUGGAGCAUGCCCUCAAAGAUGGCGUCUUGGUUGGAAGUAUUUUGGCCAGAGGGAUUUAGAGUUUUUGCUCAGCUCCCUUUUUGUGCCCGAUGUUCCUAAUGAACCAUAACUUCUUCCCAAUAACCUCUGAUGAGCCAUGUCAGUGCAUUAAUGAUUCUGAUUAUUGGGACGUCUUUCUUUUUAACAGUGUCAACUUGAUAAAGAUGCCCUAUCUUUAUAUUCAAGGGAUGUUUUCUAAACUGUAAGGUGGUGCUAUCCAUAGGCAUACAUAGUGUUCUUUGGAUGGAAUGGACCUUUAGUUACCUAUCACCCCUUCACUACACUUCCCAUUUUCUUGUCUGAAUCCCAGAGGAACCUGCAAGUCUCGCUGCUGUUAACAUCCUUUUUUCUCCACUGCCCUCCCCCUGUUUCCUUUUACUGGAGCUGUCUGUGCCACUCCUGAGUUGACUGCCUGUCUUAAGCACCAGAGAUGAAAGAGGAUGAAGCAUGUCAGCAAGAGAGCCCAUUUGCAGAAACAAAACCAUUAAUGUCACAGGAGGAAAUAAGAAGGCAGCAGCUUCUCUCACAAGCUCCUUUGAAGUCGGACUGUUUGCAUGAAGCAGAUGUCAGUCAUGCUGAGGCUUAGCAUCUCAGAAGCUGCAGUGGGGCUUAGCAAGAGAGAUGCUUACAAACCUGAGGUCUUUGAACAUCUUAACAUGUGUGGACUGUGGAUGCAGCCUUGGCACUGGGACUGGUUUAGGCCUGAGGCAAAGAGCUGAUCUAUUUUGCUCCUGAGCCACUUCUUGCGAAUCAUUGGUUGUUGGGUUUGACGCCUUUGUCUAUGUGAAUCUAAAAUUCUUAUAAAACCAGGCAAUGCUGUCUGUGUUUGCACAGCACUCUUCCCUCUGGAGUGGCUUGCAACCUGAUGAAGAGGGAAAUUUCAGAAUGUCCUCCCGCCCUGCCCCCACAAAGGAGUUUAUAGCAUUUGUGAUGUAUUGAAAUGUCUAUCUACAGUCAGAUGUUUUUAACAGAUGGGCUAUACUCCCAUUGCUUUUUUUAAUUUAUAGAUUAAAAUAGUCUGAUGGUGA